CGGAAAAGGGCGGGGUAGGCGGAAGAGGCGGGCUAGAGGCGGAGUCAAGAUGGCGGCCCCUUUGAGGAUUCAGAGCGACUGGGCGCAAGCCCUCAGGAAAGAUGAAGGGGAGGCCUGGCUAAGCUGUCAUCCCCCAGGGAAACCAACUUUGUAUGGCAGCUUGACUUGUCAAGGAAUUGGCCUGGAUGGCAUCCCAGAAGUUACAGCUUCAGAAGACUUUAUUGUGAAUGAAAUAAACAAGAAAAGCAUUCAUAUUUCAUGUCUAAAGGAAAAUGCAUCUUCGAAGUUUUUGGCACCAUAUACCUCCUUUUCCAGAAUUCAUGCAAAGAGUGUAACGUGUCUGGACAUUUCUAGUGGAGGAGGCCUUGGGGUGUCUUCUAGCAUGGAUGGGAGCAUGAAGAUCUGGCAGGCUUCCAAUGGAGAACUCAGAAGAGUGUUGGAAGGACAUGUGUUUGAUGUGAAUUGUUGCAGGUUUUUCCCAUCAGGCCUUGUGGUUCUGAGUGGGGGAAUGGAUGCCCAGUUGAAGAUCUGGUCAGCUGAAGAUGCUAACUGUGUGGUAACCUUUAAAGGUCACAAAGGAGGUGUCUUAGAUACAGCCAUUGUUGACCGAGGAAGGAAUGUAGUAUCUGUUUCUCGAGAUGGGACAGCACGACUUUGGGAUUGUGGACGCUCGGCCUGCCUGGGAAUCCUUACAGACUGUGGUUCAUCUGUCAAUGGAGUGGCUGUGGGUGCUGCUGACAACUCCAUAAACCUUGGCUCCCCUGAGCAAACACCCAGUGAACGGGAGGUUGGAACGGAAGCAAAAAUGCUGCUCUUGGCCCGGGAAGAUAAGAAGCUUCAGUGCCUAGGACUGCAAAGCAGGCAGCCGGUGUUCCUCUUUAUUGGCUCAGAUGCCUUCAACUGCUGUACUUUUCUCUCUGGCUUCUCACUAUUAGCUGGGACACAGGAUGGAAACAUUUAUCAGUUGGAUGUGAGGAGUCCAAGGGUUCCAGUACAAGUUAUCCAUAGAUCAGGAGCACCAGUUCUCUCCUUGCUGAGUUUCAGAGAUGGAUUCAUUGCUAGCCAAGGUGAUGGAAGCUGUUUUGUUAUUCAGCAAGAUUUAGACUAUGUCUUUGAGCUCACUGGAGCAGAUUGUGACCCUGUGUACAAGGUAGCCACGUGGGAGAAGCAGAUCUACACUUGCUGUCGGGAUGGUCUUGUGCGACGCUAUCAGCUUUCUGACCUCUGACCUCUUGGACAGAGGAGUCUUCAGGGAAAAGAUUGAUCUUGAUAAACAGUGAACAGAAAUACCAUCAACCUUCUCAAGGAUCAUGAUCUGUUAUUGACUUAAGCACCCUGUUUAUCACAGAAACAGCUGUACAGCCCCAUGUGGAACUGUCAACUUAUGACAAGAUCUGCUUUGAACUUCAUGUGUAUUCAUUUCAUUUGCCCA